GCCCUCCAAAACUCGACACCUUUACCUUUCGUCUUGCAAAAUUCCCCGGUGUGCAAGAUGAGCAGCAAUACCUCUGAGGAGAAUUUUGAGUGGGUUGAGACGCCUCCGGCGCCCUCAGCCGCGACGCCUGAGUUCGACUGUGGCGUCAAAACUACUUCGUACCCAACCAUUGCAAAUGCGCCUCUACCCGCGGAAGGAUCCGGCCGCGAGUCGUUCAACAAUAUUGCCCUUAUUUCGCUGCUCGUUGGCGUCCCAGCGUACAUCACCUGGAGCUGGGGUAUGGGCUUCAAGACCUGGGUCUUCUUAGCUAUUGUCCUGUGUCUUCCCAUUCUCGGACCCUUCUGGUGGCUCACCUCUGAAUUCGCACCUCGCAGGAAUGAGAAGGCCAAGCUCCCCGGCAGGCCCAUCGAGCACUAUCUAAAGUUCAACAAGGCCGAGGACCGCGACGCAUACUAUGGCAAGAAGCUUAUUCCCCUUGAGACGUUCCAGGAGAAGUAUUUCGAUGGCGAGGUGGAAAUCAAUGGCGACAUGCUGGAGGUCCUCGAAUGGCGCCACGACUGGUCCAAGCCGCGAUUCACCCUUGGACUGAUCAAGCACUUCCUCUUUGGCUUCAUCCCUGAGAUGAUUGUCCAUUCGAGGUCACAGGACGAAGAGCAAGUUCGAGACCACUACGACCGCGGCGACGACUUCUACGGCUGGUUCCUCGGCCCGCGUAUGAUCUAUACAUCUGGUAUCAUUUCCGACAUCAACAAGGAGGAAAGCCUCGAGCAGCUGCAGGAUAACAAGAUGGCUAUUGUGUGUGAGAAGAUUGGUUUGCAGAAGGGCGAGAGGAUGCUCGACAUUGGCUGCGGAUGGGGCACUCUCUCCAAGUUCGCUUCCGUCAACUAUGGCGCUCACGUCACCGGUAUCACUCUUGGGCGUAAUCAGACAGCUUGGGGCAACAACGGCCUCAGGAAGUCGGGCAUUGAAGAGGACCAGUCAAGGAUCUUGUGCAUGGACUACCGCGAUAUUCCUCGCCCACCCGGUCGCUACAACAAGAUCACCUGCCUUGAAAUGGCGGAGCACGUUGGUGUCCGCCACCUAGGUUCCUUCUUUGGCCAGGUCUAUGAUAUGCUCGACGAUGAUGGUGUCUUUUUCCUCCAGAUCGCUGGUCUUCGUAAGGAUUGGCAGUUCGAAGACUUCACCUGGGGUCUUUUCAUGAACAAGUACAUCUUCCCUGGUGCUGAUGCCUCGACUCCUCUCGGUUUCGUCAUCGACAAGCUCGAGGGUGCUGGUUUCGAAGUCAAAAUGACGGACACCAUCGGCGUACAUUACUCGGCAACCCUUUGGAGAUGGUAUCGCAACUGGCUCGCCAACAAGGACAAGGUUAACGCUAAGUAUGGCAAGCGAUGGUUCCGUAUCUGGGAGUACUUCCUUGCCUAUUCUACGAUCGCUUCCCGACAGGGUACCGCGUCGUGCUUCCAGAUUACCUGCGUCAAGAACCUCAACGCCGUUCAUCGUAUCGAUGGUAUCAAGACCCAGUACAGUCUGUCUAGUGCUCUCGCCACGAGCAAGGCUAGGCUCACGAGGAAGGCAUAGACUUCACGCGAAACCGGCGGCUAAGCAUUCAGCUUGUUCUACCAAGCAGGAUGCAUUGUCGAAAAUGAUAUGGGGCAAACGAGUCCUGUAGGAGGGCUACUACCACUCGACAUCACGGGGAAGAAGAAGUAUUGGGGUUUCUUGGCGUGCUCGUCGACGCUCAGCAGCUGAUCUACGUUAUUUAAUGGAGCUCUCGCAAACAGUGAGGCCUCGUGCAUUGCAUCGCGAAAUAGUGAUCGGUAAGAUCCUAGUGGUAAUAUUUGGUAUAGACUCGGCGUUAUUAAGCGUUGAUCUCUUGGGACAAUACUACAUACCAAUCUAUCACUCUUGAUCCAACGCACUCUUCCUUGUGAUCACAGACUACCUUAAGCGUAAGACUGUUAUAAUGCCCAUUUAAAUCUCAG